AUGAUAAGGAUUUGGAAUAAUUAUACGGGAAAAUACAGAUUCUUUCUCUCCAGUUGCCGCUCUUUCUCGUCAAUCAAACGACCCCAAAUCCCGGGAAGCGAAGAGUUUAGCCUCUUGACCUCAAAACCCAGAUUCGACACUGAUUCAGCUCAAAACAAGACUCGGGUUUACGUUUCUCUCUUUCACACCCUCUUUCGGCUCUAUUUAAGCUGCGGGAGGCUCUACGGAGCAGCGAGGACGCUCUCUGCGAUGUGCACCUUCGGUGUUGCUCCGGAUUCGCGUCUCUGGAACAGUUUGAUUCACCAUUUCAAUGUCAAUUGUUUGGUACCCCACCAGGUAUCGUUGAUUUACAGCAAGAUGAUAGCUUGUGGAGUUUCGCCGGAUGUUUUUGCUCUCAAUGUGUUGAUUCAUUCUUUUUGCAAAGUGGGUCAAUUGAGAUUCGCAAUUAGUUUACUUAGAAAUAGAGUAAUCGCCGUUGAUACUGUUACUUACAACACUGUGAUUUGGGGUUUAUGCGAACAUGGUUUGGCUGACGAGGCUUAUGGGAUUCUCUCUGAAAUGGUGAAGAAAGGUAUACUUCCCGAUACGGUUAGCUACAACACUCUGAUUAAUGGGUUUUGUAAAGUUGGGAACUUUGCUAGAGCGAAGGCUUUAGUUGACGAAAUCUCGGAGCUAAACCUCAUCACUCACACUAUACUCAUAAGCUCUUACUACCGUCUCCAUGCCAUUGAAGAAGCCUACAAGGAUAUGGUUAUGAACGGGUUUUAUCCGGAUGUUGUUACUUUUAGUUCGAUUAUUAACCGAUUGUGCAAAGACGGAAAACUGCUGGAAGCAGGAUUGUUACUGAGGGAAAUGGAGGAGAUGGGUGUAUAUCCGAAUCAUGUAACUUAUACUACUCUUGUUGAUUCUUUGUUUAAAGCAGAAAGUUACCGCGAUGCUUUGGCUCUCUACAGUCAAAUGAUUGUGCGUGGGAUUCCUGUAGAUUUAGUUGUAUAUACAGUUUUGAUGGAUGGUCUGUUUAAGGCCGGGGAACGUAGCGAGGCUGAGAGAACAUUUAGGAUGCUUUUGGAAGAGGAUCAAGUUCCAAAUGCAGUGACCUAUACAGCUUUGGUAGAUGGUUUGUGCAAAGCUGGGGAUUUGAACAGUGCGGAGUCUGUAGUAACGCAGAUGUUAGAGAAAAGUGUGUUUCCAAAUGUUGUCACCUACUCUAGUAUGAUAAAUGGCUAUGUGAAGAAAGGGAUGCUCGAAGAAGCUGUUAGUGUUAUGAGGAAAAUGGAGGAACAGAACAUUGUGGCGAAUAGUUUUACUUAUGGUAGAGUGAUUGAUGGUUUCUUCAAGUCAGGUCAACAAGAGAUUGCUCUUGAAAUGAGUAAGGAGAUGAGGCUCGUUGGGUUGGAGGAGAACAACUAUAUACUUGAUGCUCUGGUGAACCACUUGAAGAGAAAUGGUAAGAUCAAGGAAAUCGGGAGAUUAGUCAAAGAGAUGGUAUCUAGAGGAGUGAUGCUGGAUCGUGUUAACUACACAUCUUUGAUUGAUGUGUUCUUUAAAGGGGGAGAUGAAGAAGCUGCUCUUUCUUGGGCUGAAGAAAUGCAAAAGAAAGGGAUGCCAUGGGAUGUUGUUUCUUACAACGUCUUGAUCAAUGGUCUGUUAAAGUUUGGCAAAGUUGGAGUAGAAUGGGCUUACAAAGGAAUGAGAGAGAAGGGUAUAGAACCAGAUAUCGCCACAUUUAACAUAAUGAUGAUUUCACAACGAAAGCAAGGGAAUGUCGAAGGUAUCCUUAAGCUUUGGGAUAAGAUGAAGAGCCGUGGAAUAAAACCGAGCCUGAUGAGUUGCAACAUUGUGGGUGAAACGCUCUGUGAAUCGGGUAAGAUCGAGGGAGCAUUGGACAUAUUGGAUGAAAUGAUGUUCAUGGAGAUGCAUCCUAACUUAAAGACAUACCAAAUUUUUCUCGACACGUCUUCAAAGCAUAAAAGAGCUGAUGCGAUAUUUGAAAUGCACGAGAAACUCCUGAGUUAUGGAAUUAAACUCAGUAGGCAAGUUUACAACACUCUUAUUGCAACUCUGUGCAAACUAGGCAUGACGAAAAAGGCAGCUAUGGUCAUGGAAGAUAUGAAAGUAAGAGGCUUUGUUCCUGAUACUGUGACGUUCAAUGCUCUUAUGCACGGGUACUUUAUGGGCAGUCAUGUAGGAAAAGCUCUCUCGACAUAUACGGUUAUGUUGGAAGCAGGAAUAUCACCGAAUGUUGCAACUUACAAUACUAUAAUAAGAGGUCUCUCUGAUGCAGGGCUAAUAGAAGAAGUGGAAAGAUGGGUGAGUGAGAUGAAGAGUAGGCGUAUGCGCCCUGACGAUUUUACAUACAAUGCUUUGAUUUCUGGUCAAGCUAAGAUGGGGAAUAAGAAAGCAAGUAUGACGUUAUAUUGUGAGAUGAUUGCGGAUGGGUUGGUACCGAAAACCAGCACUUACAAUGUGCUUAUCAGUGAAUUUGCUAAAGUUGGGAAGAUGCUUCAGGCGAGAGAGCUAAUGAAGGAGAUGGGGAAGAGAGAAGUGAGCCCCAACGCUUCAACUUACUGUACUAUGAUAACUGGUUUGUGCAAGCUUUGCACUCAUCCAGAAGUUGAGUGGAACAAAAAAGCAAUGUACUUGGCAGAGGCAAAAGAGUUGCUGAAAGAGAUGAUCGAAGGAAAGGGAGUGUUACAAGAGAAAGAAUGCUCGCUUCUCGAAUUCGUGAUUCGGAUAUAUACCACAGUAGCAGAUUUGGCUCCAAACAUGACAUCUAAGCAAUUUUCAUUCCGCAAUUGGGUUAGUGCCGCAAAACGGAAAGGCGUCUGCAGAGUAGGCAAGACUGUUGAUCUAGCUGGUUUCUGGAUGGAACUACUAACUAGGCUGGCUAAAGCGGCAUUGAAGAAGUGA